AUGAUUCAGCUACUUCGGACAGUUGUUCCCCGAGUAGGGCUACGGCUUCAAGCAUUCUCCCCGCAAUUGUCGCCUCCAGGGGCGGCAUUGAAUCAACCUGCAGGUCACAUUGGACGGUGGUUAGGGAAAUGUGCAUAUUCUGAAGGAUCAUCAGGGAAGAGUGAUGGUGCAAAGGAGAGGGGUCCAGCAUAUGGUCAUGGCGAUGGGGAAGAACAUUACCACCGGAAAUACAAAGUAACCCCAGACCGAGCCGAAACAGACUCAUUCAAUGACGACUUUGAACACCGUAUCCCUUCCAACAAGGCGCGCCCUACCCUCAGCGACGAAUACCAGCAUAGUGGCAUAGAUGCACAGCAUCCCAAGCGUCCUUCGAAGGAGGAUCGAAGCCCCGAGGAGUUGAAAAGGGAUGAGGAGUACGAGGUAGAAGUCAGGAAACAUAACGAGGAAGUUGAAAGAAGGUAUGAUAGGGCUGUCUCUCAGAUUGAUCACAAGGAGGAGUUCCGUACUUUGGAGGAAGAAGUUGAGAGUUUUAAGAACGAAGGUGAGUAG